AUCGCCCUCCUCUAUCAUCGAGACCUCACCAGAAUUCAGCAUAGCCCCGUCUGUCAAACACUCCAUCAAUGGCUGCUGUGGAGCUUUGUGUUAAGGCUGCCGAUGGUGCCCCUGAUGUUCUUGGAGAUUGCCCAUUCUGCCAGAGGGUACAGCUGACCUUGGAAGUGAAGGAAGUUCCCUAUACGAUGCAUCUGAUCAAUCUCAGCGACAAGCCCCAAUGGUUUUUGGAGGUAAACCCAGAAGGAAAAGUCCCUGUAAUCAAAUUUGAUGAUAAAUGGAUAUCUGAUUCUGAUGUGAUCGUUGGCCUUAUUGAAGAGAAGUACCCAACCCCUCCUCUCUCUCCUCCCCCCGAAGUCGCCUCUGUGGGGUCCAAAAUAUUCAUUUCUUUCAUCAAGUUCUUGAAGAGCAAGGAUCCGCAUGAUGGUACAGAGCAGACUUUGCUUGAUGAAUUGAAGGCCUUGGAUGAGCAUCUCAAGGCACAUGGACCAUAUAUCAGUGGGGAAAACUUUACUGCUGUUGAUUUGAGCUUGGCACCUAAGCUCUACCAUCUGGAGGUGGCUCUUGGACAUUUCAAGGGCUGGGCUAUCCCUGAAAGCUUGACUCAUGUGCUUAGUUAUGUGAAGCUACUUUUCUCUUGGGAGUUAUUUGAGAAAACCAAAGCCCCAAAGGAGUAUGUGAUUGCAGGAUGGAAGCCCAAGGUUGAGGCAUGAAGUUGUUCUAAACUCUAGUUUACCUUUAACUUUCUGAGAGUUCAGAGAGACCUGUGCAGGAUGCUUUGAGCAACAAUUGAGCAAUGUUUGCUCAUUUAUGUCUAAUAAAUGUAUCUAUCUUUCAGACUAUUAGCUAUGGUAUUUGAUAUUAGAUGGUGAGAGCAGUUAUAUGGGUUCUAGUUACAAUUCAUCCUUUCAUGGCUAUUCUAUAAAUAGAUUCUAGUUAAGUAUUUGCUUGUUUGUGACACAAUUUCGAGAGUGAUUCGGCAGUAUAAGUAUUGAUGUAGGAACCCUUUUCUUUUUCACUGCUACUGUGGUUACCUAGCCAUUC